AUGGAUGCACCACCACCGAUCGAUGUUUACGAUGUCAUCAAUCAAAAGGAAUGCGGAAUAUGUCUCACGCGCCGUACGGAACAGAUCUGCUUUGAUAUGUUCAUGCCGCGAGAGGAAGACCCCAAAGAGAUGCCGUAUUUGAUUUGGAAGCAUGUCGACUUGCAGUUCCCGCAGGAAACGGGCAAACAUUUCAUUUGCCGCGACUGCUCAAACGCUCUAUACGAAUUUAACCGAUUCUACUUGAUGGUUCAUAAUGUCCACCAAGAGCGAGCAGCGACUAAUGCCGACACGGUCCAACCGAAACUGGAACAAGUGGGCGCAGAGCAAGAAGCGGAUGGCGUGAAUGAGAACGGCGUUCACAAUACGGACAAUGGCCCGGCUAAAGAAGAAUCGCCGACGGACGGUGGGGAAAUGCAACCCGUUGAAUGGCCUGGUACGAAUGAUGUAGGCGAAGCAAAUGGUAUAUCGGGGCCUGUUCCUAUCGGUGAGAGUGAAGGUGUAGAUGGCCAAGGGUUGCCGCAGCAACCGGUCACUUAUACGGCGCCGAAUGAGUCGGAGCCUGAGAGCAGUCGAGUUAAAGUCGCCGUCGGAACUCCUAGCCGGAAGCGGAAAAAUCAAGAAAUGGACGAUGAAAUUAUCGACUUUUACAAGCUUGUAUGUGACGUGUGUGAGGACCGUACUGAGUACGGCACGAUGAAGGACCUUAAUCAACACAUGAAACAAGCUCAUGGCGAAGAGUCGGGGCGGGUGUGUUGCCCGCAAUGUGGGAAAAAAUUCCGCACCAGAGUGAAGCUGCUGGAGCACAAAAAUUUACAUGUGCGCCAGGAGAUGUCGGAAGACGAUGUGGAAAAGGUGCAGUCGGAGCAAAUGGAUAAGGACAUUUUGGAGUUUUACAAGCGCAUCACCUGCGAGAUUUGCGACACUGGCGUUGCUGCAGACCCACAAUCCACCAUACUGUACGCGACUGUAAAGGAAUUAAACCAUCACAUGCGAUUGGUUCAUGGGCAGCAGGCGGGAAGCGUAAAGUGUCCGUUGUGCGAGAAGAAAAUUCGCACCAGACCUAAACUGUUGGAGCAUAAGCGCAUGCAUCAACCCAACGCUCUUUUGGAAGAGGACUCCGGGAAGUCCGGCACAGCCGGUGUCGAAACCGGGCCAGAACUGACGGAAGAGCAGAAACAGACGCUAGAUAGAGAAAUUUUCGAUUUCUAUAAACCGAUCAUUUGCGAAAUCUGCGAUCCGGAAAAGGUAGCCACGGGUGAGCCGAGUGGAGAGCCCAACGAGGAGAAUUAUCGCUCGCUAAAGCAAUUGAACCAGCAUAUGCGUACGGCGCACGGUCUCGAAUCGGGCACAAUAAAAUGCCAGUUGUGUGCAAAAAAGUUUCGCUCGCGCGUGAAGCUGGUUGAACACAAGGACAUGCACCAGAACCCGGAGCGUUUUCGGUGUGGCGUGUGUCAGGAGGUGCAUCAAAACUUAGAAGAACACAUGCAGAACAAACACCAGGAAUGGGAGUUCGCUUGCGAGGAGUGCGGCAAACGGUUUCCAUUUAAGAACAGACUCACUGCCCAUAUGGCUAAGGUUCACAUGAAGAAGGACAUUAUAUGCGAGGAGUGUAACAAACCAUUUACAAAGUUCAGCAUCGAAAAGCAUAAAAAGACGGUCCACGGCGCUAUGUUUGUCUGUGAGAACUGUCCGAAAACGUUUAAGACGCGCGUUUCACUCGAGCGGCACAUGGAAGCCCAUAAUGGUGAGCAGCCGGGUUCUGCCACUGUUAGCUGCACGCUAUGCAAUUCAGUGCUGAAGGAUGAAUACAAUCUAAAGGCUCACAUGAAGCGGAUCCAUGCCGAGCAGACUCCGGCGACAUGCAGCACGUGCGGAAAAACAUUUAAAUCUAAGCACAGUCUCAAUACGCACGUUGCAAACGUGUGUAAUACCCGACAGUUUUCAUGCACGCUCUGUGGCAAACAAUUCAAAAAGCGGACAAAAUUGAAACAACACAUGACGAUUCACGCAAGAAGCGCCGAUUAGGAAGUGCGGCGUUGUUCCUGCGGCGGUAAACGAAUAAUAUAAUAAUAUUAUUGUGUAGCAUAGGUGUACCUUAGGGGUUACUACAUUAUUAGAGUGGUCGUAGAUAAACAGGACCCCUCUUUCCCUCUCUCCCCAUUUUCCUGUACAUCCAUCCCCUAAUAGAUAGGGGUCGCGCAGGGCUAGUUGUUCGGAUCGUGAAAAUCGGAUGCUAGAUAUGAAACAAGAAACUAAAGUGUUUGAAAAGCUAAAGCUGAAUCUCCAGAAGACGUUAAAUGUGCUGAUGGAACCGUAAUGGAGGAAAAAGAUUAUCGAAUAAAAUAUUUUUUGUUUUAGCGGC